AUUUCUGAAAUUCAAUUCAAGUUUAAACCCUAUUCCUAUUCCUGUUCUUCAAAAUUAAAAAAAUGAUGUUUUCUCAGAGUCAAUAUGAAAAUGGAUUUACAUCUUCUCAGUUAACUCAAUCCGAUUCCUCGCCAUCUACCGCUAAAAAUAGAUAUCCACAAGGAACAAUUCCGGUAACAGUGAAGCAAAUUAGUCAAGCCUCUCCUUCAUCUACAGAUGAUAAAGCCAAUUUCAACAUCGAUGGUGUUGAUGUUACCAAUGUUAAAUUGUUGGGAAUGGUUUUUGAUAAAACUGAGAAAGUGACUGAUGUUUCUUUCAUCCUUGACGAUGGAACUGGUCGUAUUGGAUGCAAAAGAUGGCUCAAUGAAGCGUUUGACAGAAAGCAAAUGGAAGUUGUAGAAGAUGGCAUGUAUGUACGGCUUGUUGGGCACUUGAAGAGCUCUAGAGGCACUGCAGAAAUAGUUGUUUUUAACUUGCGGCCUGUUACUGAUUUCAAUGAAAUUACACUCCAUCAAGUAGAGUGCAUUCACCAGCAUCUUUUGAAUAAUAAGUCACAGAAAGGUGACUCUCUUCAAAAUGUGAAGAUUGAAUCAUCACAAAGUACCCCAGUUAAAGUUGAAUCCAAUGAGUUCCUCUCAUCUCCACUUAAUCAAGUCUCAAUGCAGAUGAGUGUUGAUGGGCUUAAAGACAUUGACCAAAGGAUUCUUGAUUUUCUGCAGCAGUCUUCAAGUUUGGCUCAAGAAAAGGGUGUACACAGGGAUGAAAUAGCAAGGCAUUUGAAGGUCCCGAUGGAGAAAAUAAUGGAAUCCAUCACUUGUCUAGAGGAUGAAGGCUUGAUAUACUCCACCAUUGAUGAUUUCCACUUCAAGUCUACUGCUGCUUGAGCCUUAAAACUCUUUCCAUGAUGGGAAAGUCAAAAAAGAGAAUUCUGUGAUUACAAUGUAUUGCUGCUGAAGCUUUGAAUCUCAUUUUGUUUAGUGUUUAGUGAAAGGCUGACAGCUUUUAUCUGUUGAUGGUUUAUUUAGUGUAUGGUCAAAUUCAGCUAUUGUAUAGUAGGAGUACUUGGCUGAACAUGUUAAUUUUUCACAAGUUUGGGCUUCCCUAGUUGAAAAUGAUUAGAGUAUUACUUACUAUAUUACUAUAAAAUAUUGAUAUAUAUUGCCCGGUCUAGGUCUAUCCCUCCAUUUUUGCUUUUAUUUUUGUACAACUAAUAUUUUGAUGAUUUUCAUUACAAAAAUUGGUUGAUA